UCCAAACACUUUUUUUUUUUUUUUCUCUCCGAGACCUCUCUCCUCUCUCGCAGCCGACGAUCCCAUCCAAAACCAAAACUUGCUCACCGGUGAUCGUCUUGCCUUUACCUCGUCGACCUCUCCGUUUUUCUGUUGAAUUCGAUUUCGAAGGAUUAGAUUAUCGAGAUUCUCAUAAGCGUGCUUGAUUUUCAAAUCAAGUGUGUUUAUGAAGAACAAGCUUUAGAAGAUUGUGGCUGUUGUCGACUGCAAGAGAGAGCGCUUACUUUAAUUGCUUGCUUCAUGUGACAAGGUGGCUCUCUUUAGGAACGGCAAAAUGCUGCUACUUUUCAGAGUCCACCUUAGGCAAAUCUCACCUCUCACCCAACUCCGCCGCCGUAUCUCCACCAUCUCUUCCGCCGGAUUCACUCUCAAUCUCCCAAAACUCGAACAUUCCUCCGACGCCGAACUAAUCUCCCAAAUGCUAAUAACAAAUCACAACCCAUUCCACUUCAUGGAAUCAUCUCUCCAACUCAACGGCAUCUCCCUCACUCCCAACCUCAUCCACCAAACCCUCCUCCGUCUCCGUCACAAUUCCAAAAUUGCCCUCUCCUUCUUCCAAUAUUUACGCUCCUUACCCUCCCCUUCAACCCCAACACCAACCUCCUUCAAUCUCAUCAUCGAUAUCCUCGGCCGUGUUCGUCAAUUCGACGUUGUUAGACAACUCAUCGUCGAAAUGGAUCACACUUCUCCGGAGACGUUUCUAAUCCUCGUUAAACGGUUAAUCGCCGCCGGGCUUACCCGUCAAGCAGUUCGUGCUUUCGACGAUGCGCCUUGUUUUCUCGAGAAUCGUCGUUUCGGGUUAGUCGAAUUCGGGUUUUUGCUCGAUACUCUUUGUAAAUACGGUUACACGAAGAUGGCUGUUGGUGUUUUUAAUGAACGCAAGGAAGAGUUUGGGUGUGAUGAGAAGGUUUAUACUAUUUUGAUUGCUGGUUGGUGUAAACUUAGGAGGAUUGAUAUGGCGCAGAAGUUUUUGGUAGAGAUGAUUGAAUCCGGGAUUGAACCGAAUGUCGUUACGUAUAAUGUUUUGCUUAACGGGAUUUGUCGGACGGCGAGUUUGCAUCCGGAAGAAAGGUUUGAGAGGAAUGUGAGGAAUGCAGAGAAGGUGUUCGAUGAAAUGCGUCAGAGAGGGAUUGAGCCUGAUGUUACGAGUUUUUCGAUUGUGCUUCAUAUGUAUAGUCGAGCUCAUAAAGCUGAGUUGACGUUGGAUAAGUUGAAACUGAUGAAAGCAAAAGGGAUUAGCCCGACGAUUGAAACAUAUACUUCGGUUGUUAAAUGUUUGUGUUCUUGUGGGAGAUUGGAGGAAGCAGAAGAGUUGCUUGAAACAAUGGUGGAAACUGGGAUAAGCCCGUCUUCUGCGACGUACAACUGUUUUUUUAAGGAAUAUAAAGGAAGGAAAGAUGCUAAUGGCGCGAUGAAUCUAUAUAGGAAGAUGAAGAAUGGACUGUGUAAACCAAGUACGCAGACAUAUAAUGUUUUGUUAGGAACGUUUAUUAAUUUGGGGAAGAUGGAGACAGUGAAAGAGAUAUGGGAUGAUCUUAAAGCAAGUGAAACGGGUCCGGAUUUAGACUCGUAUACUUCGUUGGUUCAUGGGUUGUGUAGUAAGGAGAAAUGGAAGGAAGCUUGUGGGUACUUUGUGGAGAUGAUAGAGAAGGGUUUCUUGCCACAAAAGCUAACUUUUGAGACAUUGUAUAAAGGUUUAAUACAGUCUAAUAAGAUGAGGACUUGGAGGAGGUUGAAGAAGAAACUUGACGAGGAAUCUAUAACCUUUGGGUCUGAGUUUCAGAGAUAUCCUUUUGAGCCUUACAAGAGAUGAGAGUUAGUAAAGUUGUUGAUGAAGCAAACUGGCAAAUUUCCUGUCUAAUUUAAGGCAUGGAGUCAAAUUUUAUUUAGUCUCUCCUUUUUUUUUUGUUCUUUUAUAAAGUAAUAACACAUGUAAAAUUUGUGGUCAGAUUAGGUCAAAAGUUUUAGUGCUU